AUGAGUACUAUUGUAAACAAGUGGGCAAGUGUUGAUUGCAGUGUUGAUUUCUGUGUCCAUAAUCUAUCUAUCUAUCUAUCUAUCUAUCUAUUAUAUACCUUAUCUAUGAACACUAAAGUGUUACAACACUAUCUAUCUAUCUAUCUAUCUAUCUAUCUAUCUAUCUAUCUAUCUAUCUACACAAUUGAGUUAUUACUCCAUAAGACGUCAUAUAGCUAUCGUUAUUCAAUUCAAAGCAACGCUACUUGUCUGCCUAUCUAUCUAUCUAUCUAUCUAUCUAUCUAUCUAUCUAUCUAUCUAUGUGAAGAGCAUAUAAGCUAUUUUCUGUAUAUUUAUACCUUUCUGUUUGUCUUUCUUUUUGCUGUCGUUCUCUGUUUUUCUAUAUAUUUACACCUUCGUCUUUCUUUCUUUUAUUUAGCAUAUAUUUACACCUUUCGCUUUCUUUCUUUCUUUCUUUCUUUCUUUCUUUCUUUCUUUCUUCAUAUAUUUGAACCUUCCUUUUCUUUCUUUCUUUUCCAUAUAUUUACAUAUUUCUUUCUUUUGAUUUCCUUAUAUUUACACCUUUCUUUCUUUCGUUCUCUCUUUCUUUUUACAUAUAUUUAA